AUGACCAAGAUCUAUGGAGGACGACAGAGAAACGGUGUCAUGCCCAGGCACUUCAGCAGAGGCUCUAAGAGCGUGGCCCGCAGAGUCCUCCAAGCCCUGGAGGGGCUGAAAAUGGUGGAGAAGGAUCAGGAUGGGGGCCGCAAAUUGACACCUCAGGGACAGAGAGAUCUGGACAGAAUCGCAGGGCAGGUGGCAGCUGCCAACAAGAAGCAUUAG